ACUAAAAGGGAAAGUUGCAAGAGUAAAAGAAAAACAUCAGUUACACCAAAUAUGUCAAACCACUUGGGUGUCUUGACCACAGUACACAUAAUCAUGUCUUUUCUUUUCUCUCUUACUACAGGCUUUUUACAAUGUAUUAUGUACUGCACAACUAAAUUGCCCAAACAAGUUCUAGCUUUUGUGAGGGAAAAUAACCUUGAAAUGACGGGUACAUGAAUUGAUCCUGGCAAAAACAUAAAAAUGGCACCCAAGCAAAAUACACAAAUAAGGUAAAACGAACAUUAACCUUGACGUUCCAGUUUCUGGGGAGCCUCGAGCGCCAGGUUCAAGAGCAGUUGACUGCUCGAGCUAUACACUGCUCCUGAACCAGGCGCACGAACCUCCCCAGGGAAGAUGCUCAUCUUCCGUUGAUGUAGUUGGCAACUACGGUCGUACUGACAUUUACAGCAAUAACCUAUUAAUUAUUUAAUAUUAUAUACAACUCUUGACCAUUCAAAACUCACGGCAGAAAAGAUGGCACAGGUGUGGAAGGUCGUCGAAUUCAAAGAUAGGAGCACUACCAUAGUGCCAAGCAGCUGGUUGGAGGAGGCAGGGGAGUCAUGGAAUUGUUUCUGGCCUCCUAGUUCUUACGAUCAUAACCGCCUCCAGAAGGCAGUCGCGCACCACCUUCCUCCAGGUGCAGCGUGGGACGUGCACGGUGACGUGAGGGUCUUGGUUAGCUGUGCAACAUAUGUUAAGGCAAAGGACUACCUGAAAAAGUCCUUACUGUGUUUAACAUCAGACAUACAGUCAGAGGCUGAAGACCCUAUCAGAAGGAAAAAAAGGCCAAACUCACGCUACCUGCAGGAGCCAGCUGGAAGAGUCCAGACCACUACGGGCCCGCCGCAACACUUUUUUGAAGGUGUGGACACUGAUGACGAGGCACCACCCCCCCCAAGGAAAACAGCACGACAAUCUGUAGAUGUAGGGCCAGACAUCAAUAGUGAGUGGCUAUUUGGGCCAUCGACCACCCAAAGAGCUCAAUCAAAUGGCAGCCAGAGACUUGAGCUACUACAUCUAGAUACAGUCCAACCAAGCCACCAGCUAUUGCAUGAUAUGGGAAUAUCUAAAGUUGUGGAGCUGCUUUCCAAAGUGCUGGAAGAAAAUAAAUUGAUGAAAGCGGAAAUUACCAACCUGGGGAGUGAAGUGAGGGCGCUUAGGAGAGAGAUGGUGAGGCCGGUAGCACCAGAAGCUGCCGCUUCGUCCAUCAAGCUGCCUCUGAGGACAAUGGAGGAGUUUCAAUUAGCAGAGGCUGUUAUGAGAGAAACCCCCUGCGAAAAACAAAAGAUGAUCUUAACAUUCAGUCUAAUUGGAGGGCACACUGCAGAAGAGGCCGUAAGAAGGAUGUUGCAGAGUGGCCUAACAAAUAACCUGGCGUGUCGCUUCAACUGGGCAGGGAAAGGCUUCAAGGAAGCCUUUAAAAGCACUGUCCUUAGUGAUGUACUGUUCGCUGCACUCCAAAAACAGCUGCCAGGGACCACCCAUAUUGUUUUUUCAGGGACACUGAAGAAGUGGCUUAAAUAUGCACCGGAGAGAGAGGGAGGUGGAGGGAGGCGAACAAAUGAACGCGAUCAGGUAGGCCUAUGUACGCUUGUUCCACACACCAUGCGUCCUUCGACGGAUGAGCGUCGCGAGUGCGACUCUGAACCAUGGACAGGUCUGAACGGACGGACCCAAAAUGCAUUUCGAGAGCGCAAUGCUAUGGAGCCAGUUUCCUGCCAUAAUUCCAACCUGAAAAAAAAAGUUUCAAAGAGUUAUACACUAAAAUUCAAACAUCUGUAAACAUGAUUUGUGUUCUAUUUUAUCUUCA